AGAGAGAGAGAGGGCGGCUGCGUCCCUCCGCUCUUCCCCUCUCCCCCUCCCUUUUUUUAUUUUAUUAACCCCCUCCCCCCGCUAUUUACUUUAUCCGCCCCCCCCCCGCUCUCUUCGGUAACGUGGGCGCGGCCUAAAGGAAGAAGAAGAAGAAGGAGGCGCCCGUGCUUCCGCCCUUCCGCUGGUUGCCAUGGCGAUGGCGGGCUCCGGGCCUAGUGCGCCGCCUCAGCCUCCUCAUCCUCCUCCUCCUGCUCUACUCAACGCCGCUUCUUCUUCCUCCUCGUCUUCCUCCUCCAUGCAGCCCGCGGGGGAGACGAAGGUGAUCUACCACCUGGACGAAGAGGAGACGCCUUACCUGGUCAAGAUCCCGGUCCCGGCCGAGCGCCUCACUCUAGGCCACGUCAAGGCCGCCCUGGCCAGGCCUGGCGCCAAGUACUUCUUCAAGAGCAUGGACCAGGACUUUGGGGUUGUGAAGGAGGAAAUCUCGGACGACAACGCAAAGCUCCCUUGCUUCAAUGGCAGAGUCGUUUCUUGGCUUGUGUCCUCGGAAACCCCACAGCCAGAGCCUCCCCCUCCUCCCCCUCCUGUCGAGGUGCGCCCAGAGCCUUCACCCCCACCGCCUCCACUUCCGCCAUUACCUGUGGAGCGGACAAGUGGCAUCGGGGACUCCCGCCCUCCUUCUUUCCACCCAAAUGUGUCAGGCAGCCACGAGAACUUGGACCACGAAACAGAGACCGAAUCAGUAGUUUCGCUGAGGCGGGAGCGGCCCCGGCGCAGGGAGAGCAUGGAGCACGGAGGAGGGCACCGGCUGAACGGACAGUCCCGCUUGGAGCGGCACCUGGCUGGCUAUGAGAGCUCCUCCACUCUGCUCACCAGCGAACUGGAGACCACCAGCCUCUGCGACUCGGAUGAUGACGAUACCAUGAGCAGAUUCAGUAGCUCCACCGAGCAAAGCAGCGCCUCCCGCCUCCUCAAGCGCCACCGCAGGCGACGGAAGCAGCGCCCACCACGUCUGGAGCGGACUUCCUCCUUCAGCAGCGUUACAGACUCCACCAUGUCCCUCAACAUCAUCACAGUUACAUUGAAUAUGGAAAAGUACAACUUCCUGGGCAUCUCUAUUGUGGGGCAAAGCAACGAGCGAGGGGACGGCGGCAUCUACAUUGGCUCCAUCAUGAAAGGGGGUGCAGUUGCUGCCGAUGGGAGAAUCGAGCCCGGAGACAUGCUGCUUCAGGUCAACGACAUCAAUUUUGAGAACAUGAGCAACGACGACGCUGUGAGAGUUUUGAGGGAGAUUGUUCACAAACCGGGCCCAAUUGUGUUGACAGUGGCCAAGUGCUGGGAUCCCUCCCCACAAGGUUAUUUCACCCUGCCAAGAAAUGAGCCGAUCCAGCCCAUCGACCCCGCAGCCUGGGUCUCGCACUCGGCUGCCCUGACUGGGGCCUUUGCUGCCUACCCUGGGAGCAGCUCCAUGAGCACCAUCACUUCGGGGACUUCCGUCACAGAGACAGAGCGCUUUGAUGACUUCAACCUCUCCAUCCACACAGACAUGGCUUCUGUCACCAAGGCAAUGGCCUCUCCGGAGUCCGGCCUGGAGGUUCGAGACCGCAUGUGGCUCAAGAUCACCAUCCCCAACGCCUUCCUUGGCUCCGACGUGGUGGACUGGCUCUACCACCAUGUGGAGGGAUUCCAGGAUCGCCGAGAGGCCCGCAAAUACGCCAGCAACCUCCUGAAGGCUGGCUUCAUCCGGCACACAGUCAACAAGAUUACCUUCUCAGAGCAGUGCUACUACAUCUUUGGAGACUUCAGUGGCUGCGAGAACUACAUGGCCAACCUCUCGCUGAACGACAACGACGGCUCCAGCGGGGCUUCUGACCAGGACACCCUGGCGCCUUUGCCCCUGCCGGGAGCCACCCCUUGGCCCCUGAUGCCCACGUUCUCCUAUCAGUACCCGGCGCCACACCCAUACAGCACCCAACCCCCUCCCUAUCACGAGCUCUCCUCCUACAGCUACGGCAUGGGGAGCGCUGGCAGUCAGCACAGCGAAGGCAGCCGGAGCAGUGGGUCGAACCGCAGUGAUGGGGGCGGUGGUGGGAGCGGAGGCGGCCGUGGUGCCGGCAAGCAGAAGGAGGAGAAGCCCGGGGCAGACUCCAAGUCGGGCAGUGGCAGCGAGUCCGAGUAUUCUGCCCGCAGCGGCAGCCAGCGCGGCAUCGGAGGCCCGGCAAUGGGGCCGGGCGGGGAGGGGGCCUCCCAGCGGAGUCAGCACAGCCUCGGAGGCGGCGGCAGCAUCCGCUCCCACCACUCCCUGCAUGCAGCCUAUGCCGCUCCGGGAGGCAUGCCCCUGGCCUACAACCCCAUGGUGGUCAUGAUGGUGCCUCCCCCCGCCCCUCCUGCCACUGCCGCCGCCUCCGCGGCCAUUCAGCCCCCAGGGGCGCCCCCGGUGCGCGACCUGGGCUCCGUGCCUCCCGAGCUCACGGCCAGCCGCCAGUCCUUCCACAUGGCCAUGGGCAACCCCAGCGAGUUCUUUGUCGAUGUCAUGUGAUCCACCCAAGAGUCCCCCCCCUCUCUCCUGCUCACCGCAGUGGCCUCAUUUUCGCACAGCCUUCCGAGAACCGCCUGACCUCCCGCACUUUGCUGCCUCCGUCCACAAAAGGAGUGAGAUGGACCAAAAAACCCUUGCUUUCCAGUGUUCACACACGGCAACCGCAUCCAUCGUGCCUCACCCCCUUCCUUAGUUUCCCAGACCAAGCUUGCAGUCCUGAUUCAGGGGGAAAAAAGCAAUACAGCUUCCAUUGAUGAUCCAUCCCUGCCUUCACCAAAUUGGUCCCCUUCUUUGCUGGACUGCGACUCUUUAUGUUUUCCUCAGUUCGGCAAAGGCUGGGAUCAUUUGACCCUUGCUGUCUCAUGACUUGCCUUAGGACUCAAAUGGUACACGAUAAUCUUGCCGGCACCGUAAGCAGCUGGCAGUCCUUAUUUAGAAAAAAAAGCAAUAUGGCUUCUGUUUAUGACCCAUCCUUGCUUUCACCAAUCUGGGACCUUGCUGUUUUGCUUGACUCCAGUUCCCAUGGUUUCCCCAACUUGGCAAAAGCUGGGAUCUUUGGAUCCCUUACAAUCUUGUGACUGUUACACUCUUGUGAUCUCCCUUAGGACUUGUACGGCCGGUGAUAAUCUUGCCGCCGUCGUAUCAUUCACCCGCAGAGCCGCUUGUCUUCAUGUGGCAGUGGCUUCAGAUCUGACAUCUUUUGGAUUGUUGUAGGUUUUUUCAGGCUAUAUGGCCAUGUUCUAGAGGCAUUCUCUCCUGACGUUUCACCUGCAUCUAUGGCAAGCAUCCUGAGGAUGCUUCACUUCACUUCACUUAAUUUUAUUUCUUAAUUAGUCACUCUCCACCAAGGUGCUCCGAGCGACUUACAAUCUAAAAUAGCAUUUCACAAUACAAAAACAUUCAACAGUGACUAUUUGGCAAAUUAGAUCUGAUUACUUAAAUGCACAACCAAACAGCCAAGUCUUGAGUGCCUUUACAAAAGGUCACAACUCCGACAUUGCUCUAAU